AUGCAGAUUAACGGUCGAAUUGGGAUGCUUUUCCUGAAGAGGAGGUUUUCGCAGGCGAGCAAGUCUACCCUUGACUUGAAGAAGACACUGCUCUACCAGGAUGAUGACUACCUGGUCGUGAACAAAGCCUACGGAGUGUCCACCUUCGGGCGAGCCCCGCAAAAGGAGAGCAUAAUAAAAAGUCUCCAAGGACUAAACCUAGACGACCAUGAAAGCGCAAACGUUUUAUACAAACUACACAACCAUGUAGGGGGGUGCCUACUUAUCUGCAAAAAUAAAUUCAUAAAAAAUCACACCUACGGGAAUACCUUCCUAGCGUUAGUCUACGGUCACGUGGAAAACGCGCAAAAUGUACAAGUCAAGUUAGGCCUGAAAUAUUUACCCAAUUCAGGGAUUAUGGUCCCCUCGAACGAGCAGGACCAUGUGAGAGACCUAAAGACGAUGAAGUAUGACGUGAUUAGUAACAUCAUUUCGUAUGAGACGCAUAAGUUUAGUCUGUUGAAAAUUCACACAACAGCAAAAGACGCAAAGUUUAUAAAGCCGUUGGUGUUUUAUUCUCUCUACACCUGCAUCGUGGGCGAUAAUGAAUACGUUGGGGGGUGGAAGAAGUUGAAAAAAAAUGGGUUCUUCGCUUACCGGAAUGUGGGUGGCCAGGUGGAAAAAACCAACCGGUUGUUAUUGAAGAGACUACCCCAUGUGGGCAAAAACAACGAAUUGAUGCUACACCUGCAUUGUUUAAGUGUGACCUUCCAAUCUGCAUGCAGUCGAGUUGUAUCCGUCUCAUCUCCACUUCCCCAACAUAUGCGAGAGACGCUGAACUUGCUAGGUGCACCUUCACUAAGUCAGACGAUAGAAACGCAGGUGGACGCCUCAAAUGAAUACUCCAGAAGGGUAGGGAAAAAACUCAGUUCCGUUACGCAAGCGCAGGGAAGCAACCUUCCAGAUGAUAGGCUCACACAAAAUGGAAAGCACUUUAACAAGUUUAACAAGGACCAAAAUGACGACGCUCUGUUGUAUGAUACGAUGCAGGACGAAGGCAGAAUGGAACGAGAAAAUGAACAACUGCUAAGUGCCAUAUAUAGGCAAAAUGAGAGCAACGCAGGGGGGGAGGGGAAGAAGGGGAAGCCCCGAUCCAGGAGGGGAGUUUUAGCAAAGGACAUCCACAAGUUGACUCCCUCCGAUGCGCCUAUCUUUUUCGCAGACACGCAGUGA